GGCGCUUAGUGCCGGGCCGGCCGGGAGCGGCAGCGGCGGCGGCGGCGGCGCGUGGCAGCAUGAGGGAGUCGACCGUGUGGACCCUGCCACCCCGAUGGUCGGAUGAGACCUGUGCAGUAUGUACAGUGUCCAGGACCUCCUGAUUUCUCAUGGGUAUAAGCUGUCCAGGAAUGCUGCGGCACCCCACGAAGAGAACCACGAGGGGCGGCAGAGGGCACGGGCCAGAGGCAGAGCUAGCCAUGGCCUGGUGAAUGGCUGCGAGGAUGGCUGUGUGGCGCCCCCACAGAACAAGACGGCCCCCGGGAAAGGACAUGGGAGUGAUCCUGAAAGUAGCCGCCGCCUCCAUAGAGCUCACCGGGAGCCCCAGAGCGUCUCACAUUCCAGAUCCUCAGAUGUGGGGCUCUGCAAUCCGCCUGUACUAGUGUGGACCUCUCAGCCCCAGCCGGGCCAGCAGCAAGCCUACUGGAGAAGAAGAGGUCAGGAGGCCUGCGGGUUGCUGGCUCCAGGGCCCCUGGAGGAGCUGGAGGUCAGGAGAAUGGCCCAGGCACACAGUCUGCCUGCGCACAUGCGUGAAAGUCCAUGGGAAGUUGGAGGAAGGACCGAGAAUGUGAUGAAGAAGGCAUUGUGGGAAGAAGAGCUUAGAGCAGCCCAGUGGCGGGACGGUGGCCUGGACAGCUGGGGCCAGCCGAGGAAGUUUGGGAGGCAGAUGUCCAUUGGGGACGGGGAGAGGCUGUUCCGAGACCUGUACCCGAUCGUGCCUGGCGAGCCAGUGCUGACACCCCAAAGCAAAGGGAAGUCCCGCUCUUUGCCGAGAGUUCUUUCCCCCGAGGGCCUGAGCUGCACGGAAAUUCCCAUCCUCUUGAACGAAGGGCAUUUGCCUGGUGCCCCCAACGUGCCCUUUUAUCCCCCGAAUUGCGCACCACAUUUGGAAGCCCCCAGGCACGCUGAGAAGGUCGGCUCCACUGCUCCUUUCCCGAGGCCUAAGUUCGGGAGACCCCUCCGACCUCCACCUUACAACUCCUACCAGCAGCCCCGAGGGGCCGUGGAGAACAGCGGCUCUCCCGAUGGCCAACCGGCAGACCCCUACAACCCCUACGGAACCAAGAACAGCGAGCCCAGGUCUGAGCUCUGCCUGUCCGACCUGGCCCUCGAGCCCCCUGUGUAUGUGCCUCCACCCUCCUACCGGUCACCUCCGCAACCCAUCGCCAACCCCUACCUGGAGGAGACAGCACCCAAGCUUGGGGGCGGUGGUCGCAGCCCACAGCCGCACCUGGUGGAGAAGGUGGGAGCGACAUGCCCGGUGCCUGCCAGCUCGCUGGCAGUGGGGCCAGUCCACGAGUAUGGGGCCAGUCAACGCUCCCCGAGAUCUCCUCGGGGGCUCCCUGCACAGCCGCGGCCCACAGCCGCUGCCACCGCACCAGACGGCUCUAUACUGUACAUCCCCUUUGACGACCCCAGGAUCCGGCAUGUCAGAGUCGCUCAGCAACAGCGUUUCUGCGAGGAAGCCAAUCCCCAGGAGAAGGGACCCCGUUACAGCCCGCACCCCAUGCCACAGCCAGCCCCUGAAGCCUCACUUGUUUAUGAUGCCCUUUUGAAUCCACAGAGCGUGGCACUGCCGCUUGGCCAUGAGCAGGGCCCUGUCUUCGCAGAGCCCCCUCCCCCGUGGCUGUGGGAUCAGCUCCUCAGGGAAGGAGAAAGCCGAAGUUUUCCAGACCCCAGGGACCCCUUUGGUGUCGAUCCAGGGCAGCGGCCUGACCUUCAAGGCGCCCGGCCGGGUCCCACCACCAAGGCCCACGACGCCUCCCCUGUGCCCCUGGGCGAAGGCCCCUGCGAGGCGCAGACCAAGCUGAGAAAGUUUGAAACUGGGAUCCUGACCAAGAAAAGUUCAAAGAAAAAAUCGAACGAGACCAUAUUUUGUUUGGUCUCCAUCCCAGUGAAGUCAGAACCCCAUCUGCCGGCGGUUGAUAUGAGCCACAAAGACGUAAAGCGGGGUGCUGCUCCCAAGAAUGGGCUUGAUAAGAGCUUGGCUCUGCGGGAACAAAGCCUGCUGAGCAUGUCCGCCACCGACCUAGAGCUGCAAGCACUCACAGGAAGCAUGGUCGGCAGAGCCGAGUUCCCCAAACAAGACCUGGACAAACAAGCAAAUGACCUCAGCCCCCUCCCGCCGGUGAGACAGGGAGAACUCAAAUCCUCUGGCUCCUGGCCCGGGCACCAGUACAGAGACCAGCAGACACAGACCAGCUUCACAGAAGAGCCCAAGGCCUCCUCAGCACCCCACCCUGCUGCAAAGGCAGGUGGAGGACCCAACACUGUCCUCACGGCCAAGUUCUUAGACCCUGGUGCCCCUGAAACACAGCGUAUGGCACCGAGUCCUGGAGACCCCAAACAGAGAUCCAGUGCCUGUCACCUGAAGGGCCAGAUGUCCCUGAACCUGUCCAGCAACAGUGCUUUCUCCAGAACCCCUACAUCCACCGAUCAGGCCCUGGCACCCAAAGAGGGUCUGAGACAGCUCAGUAUGGAGGGCCUUGGGCAUCAAGCCAGUGCCAAGGUCCAGGGUGAGGGGUUGAAGGGGUCACCCCAAGGUCCUAGCCAUAGCAAGGAGCUCUUCGGUCAGUUUCUUUUGAAGCCUGUGAGCCGCCGUCCCUGGGACCUGAUAAGCCAGCUGGAAAGUUUUAACAAGGAACUUCAGGAAGAGGAAGGAAGCAGUGACAGCAGUAGCAGCGGAAGCAGCAGCAGUGAGGACAGUGAUGAGGAAUGGGCAGAGGAAGGCCAGAUUCGAUCCACACCCAACAACUCUGGUUUCACCAGCAACCGCCAAGAGCCGAGUGUGGAUGGACCGUCCUGGAUAUUGGUGCCGGAGGACUCUGAGUUUAGGGUUGCUGGGAGAGUGAAGAGUAAGUCUGAGAGCUGGAGUGACGAGCCAAAACCAAGCCCCUCAAGUGACCAGCCCCCAAUCUCCCAGCCCUGUGAUGAUGAUGAUAACAGGCUCUCAGCCCGAGAUAGCCUGCGGGUGGAGAACGGGAAGGAGGCUGAGAAGAGAAUCAACCCAGUAACUGUCAGUCCUGGGCCAGUGAAAAGAAAGCCGUCGCCUUCCCGAUGCAGUGAGACCAGGCCUGUUCCCAGCUUGGGCCCUGCUGAACUGAGGGAAACCCAGGAAAGGCAGAAUCCUCCCAGUGUAGUAAGCACGCAGGAGCUGAACAAAACUGUCCCUCUUGUAGCUGACCAUGGAGAUGACCAAACCCCUGAGCUGCCACUGUCUCUAGCCAGCAAAGCCCGAGGGCUCUCGGCACCGGACCUGAGGUCUGUGGGGCUGGACACGCCACCAGCACCAAGUGCCAAUGGCUUGGACGGAUCUCUGAGCAUUGUGGGCUCAACAGAAAUACCCCCCAAUGAGUCCCUUCAAGAGAGGGCAGCUCGGAUCCUGGGCAUCGAGGUGGCCGUUGAAUCUCUGCUACAUGGAGCCAGGAGGGUGGCCCCGAACCAGCUCCCCGAAGCCAAUGAACGUGUCUGCAGGCCCGCGUCCCCCCCGACGGUGUCCAUAACCAGUGUUGCACCUUCGGGCCACCCCAAAGUGUCCGCCGACGCCUCUUACGGCCGCAGAAAGUGUGGCUGGACCCAAAGCCCGCUGUUUGUCGGGGAGAGGGAGAGUGGGCGGCGAGCCCCGCAAGUGGACGGGACUGACCCGGUGCCCACACCCAGCCCCCACCAACCCGAGUCCCCGAAUCAUAAGGAUGCACCUUCAAAACCCCCCUUCAGGUCCACCCUUCUCCACGUGGUGGAAAGGUCCCCGAGUGCGGCCGGGGGCGGCGAAAGGAAACUCCGAGGAGCUUCCAAAGUGAUCGAAAGUUUGCAGGAGAAAUUGGCUUCGCCCCCCAGGAGAGCAGCUCCCGAGCGCCUGAUGCGAAUGAAGGAGGUGAGCUCUGUGUCCCGCAUGCGAAUGCUCACCUCCCUGGGCCCCGACUCCACUGAGGAACCCGAAGAGCUGCGGGACUCCUGGAAGCAACCCCAAGCCCUGGAGUCCCCAGGCUGCGGAGACAAGGCAUCGACCACGGGGCCCGUGUCCACUGUCUCCAGGGCCUUCCUCUCCCUGUCACUGGAAGAGAACAGGCAACCAGCCGCGCCCAGAGCCAAAAAUGGGGCGCACGACUUCUGGUGCCCAGACUCUUAUGAUCCGAGCAGAGUGGAACGAGUGUGAGGAGCAACCAGUGGAGUGGGACC